CAAUUUCAAACCGCAAUCCCCCUUCCUUCCUCCUCCCCGCUCCGUCUGACCAUCUCCAUCCUCCUCCAAUCUCCAUCGCCAUCUCCAAUCCUGAGCUGAAAGCAAGGCCAGGGGGGGCAUCAUAGCAGCGCCGCACCAGGCGAGGCACACAGGCCACCACCACGAGACAGGGACACGGGCGCCAUCCCCAUCCACCACCACCACCGCACUCCCAGCUUCCGUUUGCUUCACUCCCACUGCUGCUCCUCACUCGGCCGCCGCACCGCCCGCCGCGACAGAUCUCGCCCGCGGGGACCCUAAUGCCGCCGCCGGGCGCGCUGGGGGACUGACGCCGAUGCAGCGCCGGGCGGCGGGCAUGGCGGACGGCGAGGCCAGGGGGCGCACGCUCGGCGCCGUCAUCAAGGAGAAGGAUGAGGAGCUCGCGCUCUUCCUCGAGAUGCGCCGCCGCGAGAAGGAGCGCGGCGCCGCGGCGGACCAGCUCCUGCUCUCCGGCGGCGCCGCCGCGGCGGGGGACGGGAUGCUGCAACUCGACCCGCCGCCGCCCGCCGAGCCCAAGCCGGCGGCGUACAAGGUGGCCGGUGGCGGAUUCAGGAGGGCGCCGGGCGGAGCGGACGACUUCCUCAAUGCGGACGCCGGCGACAAGAACGAUUACGACUGGCUUCUGACACCACCAGGAACUCCACUUUUCCCAUCUCUGGAUGUUGAGUCAAAAAGGUCCCCAGUGAGCCAAGUUGGAACGCCAAAGACUCGUCCAACUGCCUUAAAAUCAAGGUUGGCCAAUCAUCAAGAUCCUCCGUCAAGAACCAACCACCCAUUAAGAACAGCAUCAUCGAACAGCUUGAACUCAGCUGCCACAACCCGUCGACCAUCAUCAUCUGGAGGGCUUACUUCUAAUUCAUCAAGGCCUUCAACACCAACUGGACGCCCUGCAUUGGCAGCUAAUUCCAAAGGUUCGAGACCUUCAACCCCUACUUCCCGGGCAACUGUACCAGCCAAAACUGGAGCUUCUGCCCCAAGAUCAUCGACACCAACUUCAAGGUCAACACUGCCUUCAGUCAGGUCAACCACCCCUUCAAGCAGGGCAGCUGGCCCUGCUAGUAGGAAUCCAGCUCCUGCAGGCAGAGCAUCUGCGCCUGCUAGUAGGUCAUCAACACCUACUUCAAGAUCAUCAAUUCCUGCUACCAGGUCGACAACACCUUCAUCCAGGCCCUCCAUACCAGCACAAAGCAAGCCUACAUCAAGGGCAUCAACCCCAACAAGGCGACCUUCUGUCCCUUCGGCCCAACAUGGUAAUUUGGCUGCACCAGUUAGAUCGUCCUCAAUCUCCAAAUCAGGUUCCACAAUGCCCAAAGGUUCUUCCCCAGCAAAAACGACAGCGCAUACACCUUCAAGAGGCAGCUCACCUACUGUCAAAUCAAGACCAUGGAAACCAUCUGAAAUGCCUGGCUUCUCUCUUGAUGCGCCUCCAAACCUAAGGACAUCGCUACCAGAAAGACCGACCUCUGCCACCCGGGGCAGACCUGGGGCACCUAGUUCAAGGUCUUCCUCUGUUGAGAGUGGGCCAGCUGCUCGACCAAGACGGCAGUCUUGCUCUCCGUCUAGAGGAAGGACUUUGAGUGGCAGCGUGCCUUCAGGGAGCUCCAUGCCGGCAGUGAGAAGAUCACAUCUCAAUGGAGGUGACACAGUGAACCCAGUUCAAAUGGGUAAUAAGAUGGUUGAAAGGGUUGUGCACAUGCGAAGGCUAGUUCCUCCAAAGCAUGAUGAUCAAAGAUCCAGCCUCAACAGUAUAUCUGGUAAAUCGUCAAAUUCUCCAGAUAGCUCGGGCUUUGGUAGGACAUUGUCAAAAAAAUCACUGGAUAUGGCACUAAGGCAUAUGGACAUAAGGCGCAGCGUUCCAAACAAUUUACGGCCUCUUAUGACAAGCAUCCCAGCAUCAUCUGUUCAUAGUGCACGAUCAGGAUCCACAAGGAGCAGACCAAUGAGCGUUUCGGACUCACCUCUUGCAACAAGCAGCAAUGCCAGCUCUGAGCCGAGCGUGAACAACAACCUGAUGUGCCUGGAUAGUAUUGAUAUUGAUGAUGAGUUGUGCAGCGAUAGAGCAGGACCCUAUGGACGGUGAUUCACUUAUUUGGAAAAAAAAAGCAUAAAGGCAUGAUUCUGAUGGAAUUAUUUGGAUGCAGAAUAUUUAGAGCGGCAGGGCAGAUCUUCUCCAAGACGAUCGGAGUAUCCAUCGAGCCUUAUUAUUCUGUUAUAUGUAGGUUCUUUGAAUGUCCAAUAUUUAUAUCCAGUUCAUUCGUGACAUGUCAUGCGCUGCUCCAUGUGCAAUUUCAACCCCGGACAUUUAUAUGCUAUUGAAAAGUGUCCUUUAUGUGAUAAGUUUCUUGAGCACUGUA